AUGGCAAGCAACGGCAAUCAGGAGGCAUUCGCAGCCCUGCUAGAAGCCUUAGCUUCAGCAAAUAGUGCCGCAAGGGCAGAUGCUGAUGCGAAAAUUACAACGCUCAAAAGAAAUGAUAUCAAUACCGCCCUCAAACUCACACUCAAUGUCAUGCUUAGUGAUCAAAAUGAUGAAAGAAGACUACAAGCUGUCAUACUUCUAAGACUACUACUAGAUCUAUCAAAGUCCGGUGAUGCGCCAAGGAACAUGUGGAAGCUUGUAACGCCAGAAACAAAGGCCCUUCUCAAACAGUCACUAUUACAGUGUCUACAUGCUGAAACAAAAAAUUCUAUAAGAAAUAAUGCGUGCGACACUAUCGCAGACCUUUGUGUCACAUGCCUAAACACAGAUGAAUGGCCGGAACUUACAAGGUGUACUAUACAACUCAUACAAAAUGAAAACCCGAUGUACAAAAAAUCUGGAUUCAAAUUAUUAGGAGAAUGCUUCUCAUAUUUUGCCGAUGAACUAUCACCACAUCUCAAUAAUGUUGUACAACUUGCAAGAAACAGCCUUAUGGACCCUAACGCAUCAGUCAGAACAGAAACUAUAUGCGCCAUAUCAAAUGUACUGGAAGAUGAUGUACUGGAUAUUGCAUCACAACUAGGAGAUGCCACACCAUAUAUCAUAGAACAUAUCAAACAACUCGCAAUAUCAACUGAUAAUGCUUCGAGGGAUGAACUGGAAAGAUCGAUGGCAGGACUUAUCAUGAUAGUAGACAACAACGCCAAAAUUCUUAAGCCACAUAUACAACUGUUCUAUAACAGUAUGAUCGAAAUCGCAGUCACGGAAAAUGCACAACCGAAUCUCGAUCAAGAAAUUCGGUGCAUGGCAAUAGAAGCAUUGGUUACACUUGUAGAAAAAAAACCAAAAAUGGCACUAAGUAUACCAAAUUUCGGAUUGAGGAUGGUAGCUUGCCUAAUGAACGCUAUGCUGGAUAUACAAGAUGACAGUUAUGCGGAAUGGUUAGAGACAGGAGAAGACGAUGAUGAUAUACAGAGGCUGUAUGAUGCCGGAGAAGAGGGAUUGGACAGACUCGGAAGAGCAUUAGAAGAUAUAGAAGAUUGCCCAUUCAUGGAUUGGGUAUUGCUACAAGCGUCACAAUUUAUAACACAAGCCAGCUGGCAACAUGUAUUUGUUGGAAUCAUGGCAAUAUCACAGACUGUAGAGUACCUCACAGAAGAUGAAGUUGAAGAAAGGAUGCCAUCGAUUAUCAAAAUCAUGAUAGAUAAACUUAAAGAUCAAGAUUUCAGGAUCAGAUUUGCCGCAUGCCAAACAAUAGGACAAAUCGCACUAGACCAUCAACCAUAUGUACAAAUCACAUUCUUCGAAGAGGUUAUACCAGCACUCAUCACCACAUUCGAGGACCAAAGCCCAAGGGUACAGUCACAUGCUCUAUCAGCUUUCAUCAACUUUGCCGAAGAGGUACAAAAGGAAAACCUGCUACCACUAGCAGACCUCAUUGUCAAGCAACUGCUCGCGAAAAUUAACCCAAAUGCUCACAAGUCGGUACGUGAACAGGCUAUAACAUCCUUGGCUGUUGUAGCCGGGGUACUAGAAGAACAUUUCGUAAAAUACUACUCAACUGUCAUGCCACUCAUGAAAGAAACAAUCGCAAAGUGUGUUGGCACAGAAGAACGAACAUGCCGUGGAAAAGCGAUAGAAUGUAUAUCGAUCAUUGGUAUGGGUAUAGGACAGGAUAUAUUCAUGAACGAUGGAAUUGAGUGUAUGAACGCUCUUAUACAAAUCAUGCAGGAACCGUCCACACCGGACGAUCCCGUUAAAGAGUAUAUAGAUGAAGCACUGGGCAGACUCUGCACAGCACUAGGAACGAACUUCUGCCACUUCUUACCGUCAAUCGUACCCUCACUGAUAAGAGCAUUGGAAACGAAUAUCAAGUCUAUUGGCGAUGAUGAUGCCGAUAUGACGCUCAUGAUGGGCGCAGAAGGUGCCGCGGGACUUCGUACCACCCUAGUAGAAGAAUUGGAAAGGACACUUGACCUCUUCGCGAACAUUGUUGAGGAAUUGAAGGAACACUAUGACGAUUAUGUAGUACCUACCGCACAUGCACUACUGCCAAUACUCAAUUACAUACUUACAAGCGAGUUGAAACAAAAGACACUAUAUGCUUUGGCACAACUCAUCAAGGCCAAGAAAUUGGCUAUCGAAAAGAAAGGGGGAUCGAAGGAAGUGCUAUUCGACAUUGUACUGAACACACUGAACAAUGUUAUCAGCAGUUUGGAAAAAGCAAGAAGCGAUGAUGCACAAAUCGGAAUAUCAGUGGAUAUACUUACCGCCAAUGCAGAUGGGCUAUACAAGUGUCUCGACUGCGCAGGACCUGGGAUACUCAACGUAAAUAUAGUUAACGCCGUAGGACAGAAACUAUUGCAAUUGAUAGAAGAGUCAUCGAAGUUCAAAAAAAUGUACACCAAAUAUAGACUUAAAAAAGAUCUCGAUCCAGACGAACUGUUGUCUAUAGAAAUUGAUGAAGAAAAUGAACAGGCGUAUAGGUCAGCCUUACUCGAACUAUUUGGCGUGAUUAUGAAACACCACCCAGAUGAAUUUAUGCAAACAUGCCAUAACGCUUGCGUGCAAUUUGUAAUGGCAAACCUCGACAAGAACCAUGCUGACGAUAUUGCUGUGGGCCUGUAUCUCUGCGAUAACAUGAUAGAGCAUCUCAAGGCGAGGAUAGUGUCCAUAUGGCCACAAUUCUUGCCAUAUAUAUUCAAGUAUGUCGAAAGCAAGAAUGCGAACGUAAGGCAAUCGGCGUGUUACGGUGUCAGUUUACUAGCUCAACUGCCAGAAUUUGCGGGAAUGGAAAACGAGGCCGCAGCUAAGAUAGCUUCUGCCUUGAGAAUGACAUUCUCAACAUCGAAACGUGACCAGCAAGCUGCAACAGAUAACGCGAUUGCCGCUUUGGGUGAAAUCAUUAGGCAUCAUGGAGCCAAUCUAAACGAUGCCGCGAGUUAUUUGAACUUAUGGCUAAAGAGCUUACCAAUUAAAGCAGAUGAAGAGGAAGGUAGACGUGUCCACAAGAACCUUAUGGACAUGAUUAUCGCUAAUAACCGAACUAUUCUAGGACCAGACAACUGCAAUAUGGGACAGAUAGCCAAGAUAUUUAUUUCAAUCUACGAAACUGAUCUGUCAACGGAUGAAUUGAACAGACAGAUUAUCCAGCUGAUGCAACAUCUCGGAGAAGCCUUCUUACAACAAUUGGCACCGUCACUACCUAAGAAGUUGCAAAUGCAGUUGAAAACUAUCGCAAGGGCGAUGUGA